AUGUACGCGACUGAUACCCAUCUACCGUUAAAGCGUAAGCGGAUCAUCACUUCAUGUUCCGAGUGCCAUCGCAGGAAACAAAAGUGUGAUCGGCAAUCCCCAUGUAACAAUUGCUUGGCGCGAAAUGUCGCCAGGAAGUGUGUGUACAAUGCGCUCCAAAGUUCUGGCCAGAUAACCGAACCACCAGAAGUGUUGGGCCCAGAGCCCAGCCAGGAUCGUGUGCCGGUGGUUCCAGCCGACGAUACUCAAGGCUCGGGAGGCCUCGGAUACUCCUUGGUUGCUGGGAGUAACGCUUUUGUGGGAUUGAAGAGAGUGCUACAAGACGAGGAUGAGUUUCAGCAAAUUACAUCUGCUCAUAACCGUCCGUUCCGUUCACCUGUUUGGAAAACACAUGCUCGCACACUGAUAUCACAGCUACCUUCGAAAUCAGUACUGCAACAACUGGUUGAUAUAUUCUUCUCCGAGGUAAAUUGGCAUUACUUCAUACUCGAAAGAUUCUACUUUGAUGACCUCUUCACCCGUUGGCAAUCCACCGAAACGCGCCCGGUUAAUUAUCUUAGCACCCAAGAGCUAUCGAUUGAGUUACAAUACUUCCCAGCUCUCCUAUUCCAGGUGGUUGCCCUUUCACUCCAAUUUCUGCCACCCGAGGCGCUCACUCUGACCCAGCUGUCAUCGCCAGAGCUUUCCUCAUCAUACAAGUACAGUGAAUUAGGGGAUGAGCUUGUAACAGUUUUGGGUAGACAUGGUGUAGCACUCACCGCUGUCUUAGCAGACUUUGUGCGCGCGACUUGGCUCAAGAAUUUUGGAAGGGGUAUUGAAGCAUGGCAUAGUGCAGGAAAUGCCAUCAGGCAAGCGCAGGAGCUUAGUUUGCACCGGCAACAUGACAUUCACCAAUCAAGCCCAGAUGGAAUUGAACAGACACUGAGCUUGAUAUGGUAUGAUGAUUUCAAAAAGCGUGUUUGGAUGAACUUGUUUGUUUGGGAUAGUCUCAUGGCUAUGAUCCUUGGCCGCCCACGAACCAUCCACCCGGACGACUGCGAUGCGAAACUGCCAAUCGACUGUAACAUCCCCAGGGAUCCCUCGAAGACAGUGCCAAUGACGGUACAGCCGGGUGAGUCUCCAAAUGGGCCAACCACAGUAUCAGCGGGUUUAUUUCGAUACGCAUUAGCCUGCAAGUUUCAUGAGAUGAGGGCACUGAAAGCAGAUAGGCCCCAUUUAAAGGACCAUCAUAUUAUCCAGGGCUUGCACGAACAAGUGAUAUCGUUGCUAGAUAAUGUGCCGCCAUAUCUCAGAUUUAAAAGUCCCGAUACUUCUUGGGAUGGAGAACACUCCUUUCUGCCUCAGCUUCGUGAAGAGGUUUUCAUGACAGCAAACAUGUUUUUGAUGACGUUGCAUCGACCACAUAUCCUUGCUAGUGCACAAAGCCGAAAGGCUGCAUUGGAAGCGGCACUGGCAACGUUAGAAUCACAACAGCGAUUCUUCGGGCAAACAAGUGAACAUCACUACCCCUUGUUUGGACUUGCAUUCUACACUAUCGACGCAUCUAUUUUACUUUCUGUCAUCGUGGCAUCGUACCCGCCGCACGGUCACGAACCGAGACAAUACAUCCACCAUGUUCUCCAGCAAGCAAUCGAUCGUUUAUCCCACGUACAGCCCUACAACUCAGUUGCUAGGUCAGGACUUGGCAUUGUUCAGCGAUGUUAUGACAAGUUGAAGGAAGCCUGUCACUCCCCUACCCACACUUCUGCCACACCGACAUCCUCAGCUAUGUCUCCUCGGUUUGAACUACAGAGUCUCCGCCAAGAAUUGAGCCAUCGGAAUAGCAUGUCAAUGAAAGACGUCCAAUCGGCCCCAUCCUCUUCUAGUGGGCCGGAAGGGCUCGAUCUGUUAGCACCUGAGCUUUCUGUCAUACCCGAUAGCUUCGGCGAGACAUACUGGCUAGACCAGUUAAACCUCAUCCAACCGUUACCCGUCGUUGCCCAGGAACCGGACAUGUUUUGGGAUUCUUUGUUAUUUGAUAGUAACAUCUUUUAA